CGAGCAGCGUCAAAACAACCUUAGACGGAUCUGGAUAGGCCACAUGGCGGUACUAGAUCGCCUCGCUUCACGUCUUUUGUUCGACCCGUGUGCGUGCGACCGAUCCGGGCUGCUUCCGGUGACGACUACUUAUCGCAAGGCUAUAUAGCCUUCUCCCUCGCAUCUGUUCCACCAGUUUCGAGCUUGACCAGUUGACCUGGUAUCUGACUGACGAUACUCGCCCUCGCCGGUGCGAGGUAAACGCGACACGACUUCCUGUAGCCCUAUCCCGACCCCGAGACGCAUAACACUCUCCUUAACUUCCUAAACUGCAUCUUGCAACACGAUAUCGCAUUCCAAGAUACGUAUACCAAUACCCCUCAAUACCCAACAAAGCUAUCAUGGCCACUCUCGCCUCCAACCCGCCCUCGAACGCUCCCGUACGGUCCAAAGCUGCGACCGGGACGCCGCUCGGUGGGAAGCUGCGCACCAUCCUCGCGCCCAAGCCGCGCCUCGUCCCCCCUCCACCAGCCCACGCAGCGUUCCCGACGCGCAUCCCCAUCCGCAAGAAGCGCGAGCACUGCGAGGUCGCGCUGGACGAGAACGAGACCGCCGGCGACACCCGUCUCGCACACAUCCGGCAACGGUGCGAUUCUGGCAGCUCGGUGAGGACGGUGGGUGCGCGCGCCGUCAGGGCGCGGACGGACAGCCAAGAGACUGUCCGGACGAUCAGGCUCGACGAGGCUAAGCCUGUGCCAAAGGCCGGCUUAAGACCCGCUCCCGUUGCAAGUUCACUGGUCGAGUCUUUGAGCGACCCCGCCCACGCCACUCUGUCCCGACCUGACAGCAUAGCCGCCAUCGCGAAUAUAGCGAAGACUGCGAGCGCGCUGAGGCGCACCACUGAUCAUAACAAGACAGGCGACGUCAACGCCAACUCUUUACUCUUUCCGUCAAGCAUCGCGCCGAUCCCUGUGGCCCGGGCGCGUGCUGGAUUGGAUCUACAGGAGAAGACACACCUGUCUUCGAAGCCGAGGGGUGCCACUGAGCAGAAGCUUUUGAAGACGUUCACCGCUCCUGUUAAGCCACAGAAGACCCUGAAGCGCACGCACUCCCACCGGGACCUCCACGCCACCGAGGCUGAGAAAGACUAUGAUCGCCUCGAUCGGUUCUGUGCGACGUCGGUCGAAGUAUACGAGGCACAAGUUGACGAAGCGGUCGGCGAAAUCCAGCGCGCGAAGGAGCUCCUGCAUGACGAGGACGAAGACAUCGUCCAGAAGGUCGUUAAGGAUGUCGUCGAGGACCCGGCUAUCGCUGCGGAAUCUGAGGCGCUGAAGCGGCCCCCGAAAGGACGCAUCGUCAUGGACGAUCUCGAAGAGAUACCUGACAUGUUAUCGGACGAGGAGGACGCGCUGCCGAAGCGCGGUGAACAGGCCCCCUUCAUCCCGCCUCCUGCGCGGUGGGGGACUCAUGAGCGUUUCGACGUGAUGGCCAAGCCUAUGAACAGGCACACCACGAUGUGGGAUGUCGACUUUGAGGACACCUACGCCUGGCAAGGCCUUCUCUUCGUUGCAGAUGCGAAACCUUACACCGGGAUCCGACCACAUAUGCCUAUCAUCGACCUCGAGAUCGAGUGGCGCACCAUCGACGCCUGCUCCCGCACUCUUCGUAGCGACGCCGAACCGGAGUACGCUACGAUCUACGAAGGCGCCGUGCUACCGGGCGCGCAAAUCCUCACGCAGAUGGACCCCGCGCGGGGGAUCUACACUCAACCGCUCUGGAGCUACCUCCCGCCGGACUACCCGGGAACGGGCGAGGGCGGCGCGUGGGCGCUGCGGUUCUGGGUGCCGGUACCGAUGCGGUUGUUUAGGGGCCGCGACGUGCGCCGGUUCGUGCUCGAUGCGCGCGUCGCGUUCGGCGCGUGGGACGUGAUGACGGGCGUGGGCCACUCCGAGAGAGUGGACGUCACGAUUGAGCAUCUCCGGCGCGAGCGGGACAUGAAGAUAUCUGCGAAGGUGUGAGUCUGCUUGUUUGUUUUGUUUGUUUGCUUUCCAUUGCUGGGCUUGAGGGUGUCAAGGUACUGUAUCGUCGUUUGUAAAUCCACUCAUUGUAGCAUAGAUCUCGUCGCGUCGCUGUCUCAUUCUGACAUUGUCUGUUCUCACUGUUAUCUUGUAGCUUUACUCUUACGUCAAGUGCAGCAGCAGUGCUGACUGCAUCUACGUUAUGUCAUGACUAUAACAUUUGGUGCUAUCCUCAUUUCCUUCCACGCACAUGUCCUUGUCGCUCGUGGCUUCAGGCUACUAGUUGUACCAUCCUCCCGUGUCAUCGGCGACUGGCUACAAGUGUGAAGUCACAUGACAGACGCGUCUGGGGACGCGACGCGACAUUGCCAUAUGGGGAGGAGCAUCGAGCGAGAGACGCUC